GAGAGCCCGCGGGCGUCCCGGUCCGAGGCGCGGGGGAGGCGGUGGCCACCGAGAAGCCCGCCGGCGGCUUGCAAUUCCCUCGCCCGGCGCGCGCCUUUCGCAGAGGGAAGGAGCAAGAGGGCCCCUACCUCAUCGUGCGCGGGCGGGGUCGGCGCUUGUCGCGUGUGGGGCGCAGUGGGGCGGGCGGCGGGUGGCAGUGGAGGGAGCGAGAGGUGCAGGGGUGACUUUGUUGGCAGCAGGACUAGCUGGAGAGCUAGACCUGGAAGCGCAUCCGGGAAGGACUUGCGGGGCAGAGGAGGGCGUGGGCGUAUCUGGUAUGGGAUGCAGCGGAAAGGAGGGGGCCUUCCUGAGUAGAUCUGUGGGUGAUUCCUUCGAGGAAGCCUCGUUUUCCCUUUUAUUUGUCAGCGAGGGAGUCUCCAUGGUCUCUGUUCAAGUUCUGGAAACUUUCUCUUUGGGUGGGCUUAAUCACCUACUACUACAUCGUAGAACUGCCCAGGGCCCUUUCUGAUAUUGGUCACAAACGUAGGGAGUAUGUCAGAAAACAGAAAGCCGCUGCUGGGCUUUGUAAGCAAACUCCCUAGUGGGACUGCACUUGGGAACUCAGGCAAGACUCACUGCCCCUUGUGCUUGGGGCUUUUCAAAGCCCCCAGGCUCUUGCCUUGUUUGCAUACAGUUUGCACCACGUGUCUGGAGCAGCUGGAGCCCUUCUCAGUAGUGGACAUCCGAGGGGGAGACUCUGACACAAGCUCUGAGGGGUCAAUAUUCCAGGAACUCAAGCCACGAAGUCUGCAGUCGCAGAUCGGCAUCCUUUGUCCGGUAUGUGAUGCUCAAGUGGACCUACCCAUGGGUGGAGUGAAGGCUUUAACCAUAGACCACCUGGCCGUGAAUGAUGUGAUGCUGGAGAGCCUGCGUGGGGAAGGCCAGGGCCUGGUGUGUGACCUGUGCAACGACAGGGAAGUAGAGAAGAGGUGUCAGACCUGCAAAGCCAACCUCUGCCACUUCUGCUGCCAGGCUCAUAGGCGGCAGAAGAAAACGUCUUACCACACCAUAGUGGACCUAAAAGACUUGAAAGGCUACAGCCGGAUUGGGAAGCCCAUCAUGUGUCCUCUUCACCCUGCAGAGGAACUGAGGCUGUUCUGUGAGUUCUGUGACCGGCCUGUGUGCCGGGAUUGCGUGGUGGGGGAGCAUCGGGAACACCCCUGCGACUUCACCAGCAAUGUCAUCCACAAGCAUGGGGACUCUGUGCGGGAGCUCCUCAAAGGUACUCAGCCCCACGUGGAGGCCCUGGAGGAAGCCCUGGCUCAGAUCAACAUAAUGAACAGUGCCCUCCAGAAACGAGUGGAGGCAGUGGCAGCUGAUGUCCGGACAUUCUCGGAGGGCUACAUUAAGGCCAUUGAGGAGCAUCGGGACAAGCUGCUGAAGCAGCUGGAAGACAUACGGGCCCAGAAGGAAAAUUCCCUGCAGCUGCGGAAGGCCCAGCUGGAACAGUUACUGGCAGACAUGCGGACUGGAGUGGAGUUCACCGAGCACCUGCUGACCAGCGGCUCAGACUUGGAGAUCCUCAUCACCAAGGGGGUGGUAGUAGAACGGCUCAGGAAGCUGAACAAAGUUCAAUAUAGCGCCCGUCCUGGAGUAAAUGAUAAGAUACGCUUCUGUCCUCAGGAGAAAGCAGGCCAGUGCCAUGGCUAUGAAAUUUAUGGUACCAUUAAUACCAAAGAGGUUGAUCCAGCCAAAUGUGUCCUACAAGGAGAAGACCUCCACAGAGCCCGGGAGAAACAGACAGCCUCUUUCACCCUGCUUUGUAAGGAUGCUGCAGGAGAAAUCAUGGGCAGGGGAGGAGACAACGUUCAAGUUGCCAUUGUCCCUAAAGAUAAGAAAGACAGCCCAGUCAGAACAAUGGUCCAGGAUAACAAGGAUGGGACAUACUACAUUUCCUAUACCCCCAAGGAACCUGGCGUCUAUACUGUGUGGGUCUGCAUCAAAGAACAGCAUGUGCAGGGCUCGCCAUUCACUGUGACCGUGAGGAGAAAGCACUGCCCACACCCAGGCGUGUUUCACUGCUGCACCUUCUGCUCCAGCGGGGGCCAGAAAACGGCUCGCUGUGCCUGUGGAGGCACCAUGCCAGGUGGGUACCUAGGCUGUGGCCAUGGACACAAAGGCCACCCAGGUCGUCCCCAUUGGUCAUGCUGUGGAAAAUUUAAUGAGAAAUCUGAAUGCACAUGGACAGGUGGGCAGAGCGCACCGAGGAGUCUACUUAGGACUGUGGCUCUCUGAUGGGUUUGUGCUCAGCCUUUUAAAGCUGCAGGCACCACUUGAGAUUUCCAGAGGACCCAGACCUUCGUUCAUUCUAAAGAGACUGAUAGAAUUAAAAACAAAGUGCCUUAUCUUGCA